CCUGGGUAUUAGUACGGAUUUUUUAUGAAUAAAGUAAUUCCUUUUGAUACAAAGAGAAUUAUGUAUUCCCGAUCUUGUUUUUGCCACCCCUACUACUAUAAUAAUAUCAUUCCCAUCUUACACAGGCUUUUUUAUGUUUAGGUUCGAGAAAUGGUACCGGGUGCAGAACGCAAGUUGCGAGAGCAUCAGCGUCUGUCGACGGAGUACUUAGUGAAGCACGCGGGAACGUCACAUCGUCAGCAGUACGACCCCAUUUGCACGGACCGUCCCAAAUAUGAGUGCGAAUGUGGUCCUCUACUGAACAAGACACCCCCAGACGUUUGCACCAUGAAUAAGUCCAUGGAAUUCAUUAGUUCCGACAUAAGUACCACGCCCGGUAUCACCGAACCGAAUUAUACCGGUGUAUCAAAUACGUUGGCAGCUCAAACCGUUCCUAUACAAAUAAAGAACCAUUGCACUACGACGUUGCACACGACCCCAUUCUCUUACUCGAAUUUCUCCUGUAACAAGUACGGGACAAUGCCGCACAGCGGCGUAACGGUUCAUCAGGGUUUCUUAGGCGUCGCCGAAAUCGGAAGUUCUAGUUCGAAUAGCUCGAGUAGUUACUGUUCGAAAAGUAAAACGUUGCAGCACCAGCGGCCGAAAAAGAAGUGUGUGAAAAUCGAGACUUUUCAAACGCCCGACGCCGGCUUUGUGGACUUCACGAAAAGGUCUAGCACUUUCGGUUACUCGGGAAGCGCGGUAUGACGAAAGAUGGACUUCAUUUAGUCGCCAGAUAUUCUAAAAUUUAUAAAUUAGGGAACAUUAAAAAGUGACUUUUUUUGGACGGUGUACAUUUUCCUUUCGCAUAUAACUGAAUUCGCCAACGACCUCCGGUAUGAUGACAUCUAAACGACAAUUUUAUAGAUUUUAAAUGAUCAGUUUACCUCAAUACCGACAAAUCAACAUAAUCAUAUCGUAAAUGUUAUUAUAUUAUUUAUUUCAAGAAUAUGACGUCGUAAUCGCUGUGAUAUAUAUAUUUAUUAUUGUCAGUAAACCCAAUAAUAUGAAGAUUUGUGAUAUGUUAAUAAUUUGUUGUGUUAAAAAUUGAAUA